AUGGGUGAAUGGGGCUUCCUCGGUGGACUCUUUGACAGCCUCCAAGCUCACUCGCCGAUGCUUGGACGCUUCUGGUUGUUACUCAUGCUUGUCUUCAGGAUACUGAUCCUUGGAACUGUUGCCAGUGACCUGUUUGAGGACGAGCAAGAGGAGUUCGCCUGCAACACCCUCCAGCCGGGCUGCAAACAGGUGUGCUACGACAUGGCUUUCCCUAUCUCCCAGUACAGAUUCUGGGUGUUUCACAUCGUCCUCAUCGCCACACCUUCUCUUAUUUUCCUCAUGUAUGCCAUGCAUCAUCACAACAAGAGAACCAACUCCAAAGGCAACGAAAUUUGCAGCCAGGACUCCAGAGAGGAGGUCCAUUUAAGGAGGCUUUACCUUAUAAACGUUGCUUUCCGUAUAGUGGCAGAAAUUGGCUUUCUGGUGGGCCAGUGGCUGCUGUAUGGCUUCAAGGUGGAGGCCCAGUUCCCCUGCAACCGCUUCCCCUGCCCCUAUACAGUGGACUGCUUCACCUCCCGCCCUGCAGAGAAAACAGUCUUCCUCUGCUUCUACUUCAUCGUAGGGGUGAUAUCCGCCAUUUCUAGCUGUACAGAGCUUUUCUACAGCUCCUUGAAGUGGUUCUGCUCAAACCAGCAGCCCUGCAUCCCGGAGCGCUCCUGCGUCUGCCAGAACCUCCACAACAUCAAGCGAGAGGAGGCAGAGACAGAGAAAGAGGAGAUACCACGAGGAAAGGCAGUGUUGGAGAGCAGCAUGAGGAUGAAGGGAGCAUCGCUGAAGGGAGGAUCGAUGAGGAGCAGUGGGAGUAGGAAGGUCUCCAGCAUCGGCCACAAGCAGAGGAGCGGCAGAUAUGUGAGCAGCAGGACAUUCAUGGUGUGA